AUGCUUCAACAUCAGCAAGAGGCGACGCCUCCCGCUGAGCAGAAUAUGAGUUCGUUGGACCACUCGUCGGUUGCAGGGUCACCGUUUCAUCCAACUCAAGCCUACAACCUUCCAUCCAACUUAAACCUUGAUUACGACUUGUCCACCGUGACAGUAGGAGGCAAUGGAACUGGCGGCAGCAACAGCAGCAGCAGUAUUGGAAGUGGUGUUACCGUAUCAUCUUCAUUAAGGGACUUGAAUCAACAUCAAAUUACAGAUGCUCACCAGCAACACUCUCAACAACAGUCCCUGCUAACAAGCAGCUCGCACCAACAAGACUCUGAGCUCAGCUACUCGUCUGUCCUGCCGUCCUUGUUGCCAGGCUCUUCGUCGUACGGCAUGACGCCUCUGCCUGACUACACUGCUGCUGUUGCUGGUCUUCGUCAGGCUCAGGACGCUGGCAUCCAUAACGGCUCGCCAGGAAGCCUGUCAUCGCCCAACGUUUUAUCUGAGAACAACAAUGCGUCGUCGGCCACGGCCGUUGUGGCCUCAGAUGCUGUGAACGGUGGCGGUUCCGGCAACAACUUGAUCGGCGAGUAG